CCUGGUGGUGACGAAUCCCAGAAAAAUUUCUUCUAAGAACCGUUUAGUCUAGAGACAUAAAUAAAACAAUACUAAAAUGAAAUCUGAAACUGGAGCAGUAAAGACCGGAAAGCAUAUUUACAUAAGUUAGAAUAGAGUAAAUUCGUGUACAGGGCAAUAGAUACAUAUGCUCAUAGAAUAGAUGUUUAUUUGACCAUUUAGGCAAUACGGCAUAUUUAGAGCUACAUGCUGGCUGGGAUAUGUAGCAUAGAAUUAUUAAAUUAUGUACAUACUUACGUGACCAGGCAAGUUAAAUAUGUAUACAAUUAUACAUUAUAGAGGUGACUAAAUAACCCUACAGCUUAUGUAAAUAUGUCCACUAGUCCACUCCAGGUUGAAUAUAUUUAUUGCGAUUACGUGCCUUUUUAACGCCUCGACGGGUAAUAAUAAUAUGUAAUGAUCCCCCCGACAAUAUAAUAAAUGACGCGGCGUCAUUGACGCCCCAAUUCCAUGUACCACGACGACAUGCAUACUACUGACUGGCUUUAAUUUCCUGUCCUUGGUUUAUUUAUUUAACUUGUUUUGUUAUUUAUUUACGGUUCAGUAUAUUUAUUAUGCGUCGACUUUUUCAUUAGUUUCGCUUAUGUACAUACAUAUAUUCCGUCCGAUGUGAAUAGGAAGUCAAAUGUGGUGCAAACUUGGUCAGAUUUACGGCCAACAACAUAUUUUUCGUGGUGACACUUUUUCCGAAUCCCGAAGUCAAAGAAAUGAGCAUCCGGUCCAACAGGUCGAGUUCCUCUUCCACCACGCCGCACAAUAAUGCCCCCACCAUAACGGAGACCUUACGCCCGAUCAAGAUCACCGUCGUCGGAGAUGGAACCGUCGGCAAGACAUGCCUACUCAUCAGCUACACGCAAAACUCAUUCCCUCAAGAGUACAUCCCCACAGUGUUCGACAACCACGCCAAGACGCUGACCGUCGAUGGAAAAUUGGUGGGCCUUACAGUCUGGGAUACGGCAGGUCAAGAAGAGUAUGAGAAGCUGCGACCCCUCUCUUAUCCAAAGACUGACUGUUUCAUAAUCUGCUACGCCAUAGAUAACCCAGCCUCUUUCGCUAACGUGGAGAUCAAAUGGGUUCCCGAGCUGCGCCAGCACUGUCCAAGGGCGUCCAUUCUCCUCGUCGGGACGAAGAGCGACCUCCGCACGGAGCAAGACGACACCAAGCUUAUCUCAGAAAGUGAUGGGAAAAAGCUGAAGAAAAAAAUCAAGGCGGCCCAGUUUCUAAGUUGCUCGGCUAAAACGCAAGAGAAUUUGGAUGCCGUUUUCAUCGAGGCGGUGAGAGCCAUAAUGAAGCAGAAAAAUAAUAAGAGUGGCGGUGGUCAGAAGAGGGGUCGUAGUUUGAGGGGGAAGAAAUUUAACUGUAGUAUUUUAUAAAGGGAAAUAAUUUAGUUAACAUUUUUUAUGGAUGUCACAAAAUAUAUUUUUAGAGUAGAACUCGAUGACUCAAUGUCAAAAUCGUCAAAGGCAGCGCAUUUUUAAACAUUUCUCGGCAGGUCGUUGCCAUUAAAAAAACAUACACUUUAGAUUUUGAGUUUCUGAAGGAGAUUUCAAAUUGCCGAAGCCUUAAGAAAAAUUGUAACUCGUCGACACUGGCUUAAAACACUCACCAUCAUUCAACUCACUGGCUACAAAUUUGUGGUCCAGAAUUUUAAAAUAAAUUCCCAGAGCCGAGGAAUGAUUAAAAAUGUAUAGAUUUUGUCGAUUUUGGUGAUGAGUCAUCGAGUCGUACGUUAAUGAGUUGGUUGUCAUUUUAAAUAACGGCAUAUAUCUAAUUUAUUCACAAUUGUUAUAAAAGUAAUAAUAACAAAUUGUUGUACAUAUAAAUCACUAUUUAUUACAUA